ACGAUCUUUACAGCAAAGCUUCCCUCCAUCGCGGUGUCACGGGUAACACGCGCAACGUCAACCCUGUAUGCAAACAAACCAUAACUCCUCGGAAAAAGCAUGAAACAUUUCGACGGCGUCUGGAGAUCGAAUGGAAUUGCUGGAACAGAUCCUGACUGCUUGAAGGCUGCUACUAAGAAUAAGCAAGAAGCCCAGAUAGCAAGAAUCCUCGCUAGACAGACAUUAGAUCAUCUGUAAAGCUUAGAAAUGGGAGAGUUGCCUGUUUCCUACGGCUGAGGGAUGCCUCCUCAUCUCGCGGACUUGUCCUCUCGUUCAUCAAUCCUUUCAUGGGUGGAUUCAAAUUUCAUAGCUAAGAUAACUUUGAAGUUCAAUAGAAAGAAUUAACACACAUACUGUAGUUUCCAGUCCUUGUAGGUGGGGACCGAGAGUUGUCUGAAAAAGGUCAGCGGGCAAAAUGGCUUCAGCUGUCGACACUCUCGCUGCAGCUGCGAGGUCUAUCUCACUCACUGGCGGUUUGGACAAGAUACUCAUAUGGAUUCUGGAGAAUUUUUCUUGCAUGAAAGAAUGUGGUUUAUGAAGGCUCCCUCGAAUUUCUGGAGAGUAUUGGCUAGAAGUUCAAAUUAGUUCAGUUUGCGGGGAGAUUUGGGAUUGUAAGUUCGCUCUGGGCAAUGGGUAGUGGUUUGUGGUGGAGAUGGUGCGAGAGAGAGAGAGAGAGAGAGAGAAAGAGACAUAGACAUUCCCGUUUGCCAAGUUGUAUCUUCCGUUUCGUACUGUUGGAGGUUUUCUUCUUCGUCUUGCAUUCCUUGAACUUCAAAGUUCAAUACUCGUGUUCCUGCUUUUGAGGUAUGUGUGGAAUCAGGCACCCAUCUCAGCAACAUAAACGAGGCUGAAGCUCUUGCAAUGGUUUCGGAGAAGAGAAUUGCAAAGGGUGGGAGGCGAGUAACUGCAUUCACGAUGCAUACAGAAUGCCAAGCGAUUCAUCAGAUUUUAGUAUUCAGUGCUCAAAUUGAUGAUGCCAAUAAAAUGCAAGGUGCAGCUCUGAAGAAAGUGGGGGUCACUACUCUACUCCUUUGGGUUAAUAGAAGCCUUCUAUUUUCUGCUACUUUGUGUCUAUGUCCUGGCAUGGAACGGAACUUUAAGAUAGGCUUGACUUCAGGCGAAUUGCAACUCUUACUAAUUCAGUGCUCUCGCUAGUUCUAUUACUCAACGCCAUGUGACCUCCCUUUUGUCUCAGCCUUGUCCGUUUGCUAAUCGUCAGAUUUUCGUCAGUUAGGAUUCUAUGCUGGUUUUUUCGUGGCGCCUGAACAAUGUGGGUAACAAAUUUAACCGUAACUCCAGGCAUUGGCUCUGGAACAGACAUGACCUUUGGCAUUAACCCUCUUGAGCAAAUCUAGAUCCAUCUUUUAGAUUUCAUCCCAUGGACUAAGAGAUGCACCCCUUUUUAAAAUUUUCCCUUCACUAGAGCUUGUUGAACAUGUUACCCUGCGCACAGUAUAAAUUGGAGAGGAAUCAAGAUGAAAGAUUCGGAAGAACCUUGCGGUCAACGCUACAUUAAAUCUUUGACUUCAAGUCAGAAGUCUUUGCAGCUCACUUUGAACAGGGAAGUUUCGGCUUUGAAGAACCUAUUGGAAACUGCUAUUCUGCCAGCUGCCAAGAAGGCCGAGUUCCGCGGUCGGUUCAGUGAACUCCAGGAGGGCAUCAAGCAAGCUCAGAAGUCCGCUGGAGCAGCAAGUUUGCAAUUAAAAUUGAAUGAGGCUGUGACCUCUGCUGAUGUAGCAGUUGCUCUAUGUCAAGAGUACUGUGUGCUAAGAAUUGAUGAUGGUUUGGAUGCCAAUGCCGUCAGAGAGGCUGCUUCUCUUGUUAUCGAGAAGCACAAGUACCUUGCAGUAAUGUUAUUCAGUGUCGAUGAGCAGAGAAAUAAGGUAUUAAUCUGCGCGUUCGUACCUAAUUCUGCUGCCAAACAAGGUUUGGGAGCGUUGGAUUGGCUACAGGGUAGCUUAGUGCCCAUCAACGGCACAGGCAACAGUGAUAACGAUGGACUUGCUCAGGGAGAAUAGGGUUCGAAUGUAGCUGGGUUUGACGAGGCCAUGGCCAUGGCGAAGGCAUAUGCUGCGAAGGUUUUUGCAAAGUGAUUACCUUAUGAUUACAUUAUCGAUUAAUUAAACAUACUCUCGCUUGCUUGUCAUCUUUAAUAUUGCUACUUUUCUUUCCGAAUAUGAGCUAAAAUGAGAGGCCAUAGGUCUGAGUUAGAGGGGCCGAAACUGUGCGUACAGAAAUUGAGAGGAUAGGGAAGAAAACGGAUGUUCAUUCUGUGGCCUGCACCUCUUCUAUUAUUUGGGAUGAAUCUUUACAUCACAGUGUCCCGUUUUUUAUCUUGUCUUCAUGAUAAUGAGCUUUCGUGACGUAGUUUCAACCUUCUGUAAGGUUUAGGAAGAUUUUACUGUACAAUUGAACUGUCUGUAGUUUGAACUCCAAUUACAUUCGGAUAUAGAAUGAAUUAAACUUGUGUAGGUCGGGGCUCACGAGCUUGAAAUUAACACGGUAUUAAUCAAGUCAGAUGAAUUGUA